AUGCAAAGAGUUUAAUUAGUUAUUUCUUCUAUUCAAAAGGGAUUACAGUUGAUAGGAGAUGAAGCAAAAGCUUAAAUUAAAAACAACUACAUGAAGAAUGUAAUCAUACAUAGGGGUGUUUAGCAUCCAAAAGUUUAUCAACUAGCAAAUGAUCAAAUGAAAAGUGAACUUUUUAAGAGUUUAGAAAACGAUGAGAAGUUAAAAGUUGCUGAGGAGCUUAUGAAAUCAGAGUACGGAGAAGACAAAUUAGUUUCUAUUUCUAUAUAUGAAAAAAAUUAUAAAAUAUUAACUGAGGCUGAUAUUGAUUCUAUAAAAAAAUUGAUCAAAGAAGGAUAUGUAUAAGAGUGGGCUACUUGUGAUAUAUUGUCAAGACCAAUUAGAAAAUGGACUCUCCUUUCAGAACAAAACACAAGGUAUAUCGCUGAAUGGUCUAAAGAAGAAGAAUGCUUAUGGAUAAGAAGAUGCUGUUGUGUUAGUCAAGUAACAAGAGCUAAAAAAGGAGAUCAAGGAAACUUUUAAGGUUAUAUUGAUCUUCUCUUUGAAAUCUGCGAAAGAGUCAUUCAAUAUGACUAAAGAUUUAAUUAGCUUGGGGUUGGAUGGCUUUUAAGAGAACUCUAUUUAGCUGAUAAAAAGAGAACAGUUUCUUUUAUUGAAAAUCACUAUAAUCAGCUCAGCAGAGAAGCUCUAAGAUAUGCUAUAAGAAAAAUGACUGCAUAUUAAUAUAAUCGUCUUUUGGAUUUUAAUUCUUAAAAUAAAAAUGAAGAAAUACAAAAACCAAUAAAGAAAUGA